AUGGAAUCAAAUGCUGCGCCUCAAGACAGGUCAUGUCCAGUCGCCGACGAGAUUGCUGCUACUCGUACUUCAAUGCCGCUGCUACUCAGUAUCAAUCAGGUUCUUAAAGGACGUAAAUCAACCUACACCAUCGUCAAGGAGCUCUAUAGGGCUGCAGACGAAGGCGCCGUAUAUCUAGCUAGGGAUCACAACAAAAGCAAAUGCAUCGUCAAGAGCAUUCGCGGUCAUUGGCGCCUACAGAACGAAGCUAAUGUUCUUGAACGCUACCAGUCGAAGACUCCGUUCCUUCGCCCUAUCAUCGAUAAGGUCAUAGAACCUACCGAUCCGCCGUCCAUUAUUCUGAGGCAUCUGGACAGUGAGCUUCUCACGGAAUCCAAGAAGAAGCGGUUAACACGCCCUGAAAUCAAGCAAGUAGCUAGGUGCAUUCUUGAGGCCCUCCUUAUCCUCCACAAAGAUGGAAUGGUCCACACAGAUUUGAAAUUAGACAACGCUUUUGUCAACUAUGGUCAAAACAACCAGCGCUUCUCAGAAAUUCAGCUUGGCGACUGCGGUGGUGUAGUCUCCAAGGACUCAAAGUUCGCUAGGGAGGGCCAUGCCAUUGGAGCUACCUUUACACGUAGCCCGGAAGCUCUAUUACAGCUUUCUUGGGGCACACCAACAGACGUCUGGUCAUUUGGAAACAUAAUCCUCAGCCUUGUGCAUGGGGGUGGCUACCAUCACUUUGAUCCUGGCUGGGAAGGAAUCAAACCAGAAGACGAGGACUACGAAAUCACAGUUCUAAAGCGAAUGUAUAACUCAUUUGGCCCAUUCCCACCAUCAAUUGCCGAUAUCCUUGACUCCGAAACCUUUGAGAUUAUCCAUUUUCUUAAUCAGAAAGGACCUCCGCAAAGGCCACUUCAACGGUGGUCGACAAAGGAAAUUCCUGUUGCCGAUAAUGAUUUCAUCCGGCGCAUCUUGAAACUAGACCCUCGGGAUAGGCCGACAGUGGAGGAGAUUCUCAAGGAUGAAUGGUUCAUAGAGGAAUCAGACGAUACGCGGGAACUCAUACCUGAGGGGGCAAAUAGUUCAGGUGAUGGGGUUGGCAGCUAG